AUGCUCUGCGACGACAUCCGAGCCGCCUGCCGCCUGGGCACCACCACCAAGCCCGGCGCGGGAGUGGCCGGGAAGCAGAGCAAGCUCUCCUGCUGGGCCACCGUCCAAGGCAUCGGGGUCCCCAAGAAGGCGGUCGUUCCACCGCCUUCCGAGGCGUUAUCCGAUGGGGAGAAGAACGACGACCCACCCUCCCUGCCGCGGCCGGCCAGCGGCUCGACGGUUGGGAGCGGAAGCGGAGAGGGGGAUGACCAAGAAGAUGGAAACGGAGAUGACCAUGAAACCUCCAUCUCACGGAAGCGCGUGUUCUCCAAGUACGAUGAAGAGACGACGAGCAUCCUGACAGAGUGGUUUCUGGCGCACAAGAGGUGGCCUUACCCAGCCUCCAAGGAGAAGAACGAACUCGCGGAAAAGACCAACCUCACCACCCUGCAAAUUUCUAACUGGUUCACCAACAAGCGCAAGAGGCACUGGACUCCGGUAAUCAAGAAACGAACGAGGUCGCCGAGAGACUUCUUCGAGGACCCCUCCCCUGUGGAAAAAAAACUGCCGCUGCCCCAAGAGCAACAAGAAGAGCGGCAGCGGCCGUCCCAGCCACCGCCGCAGCAAUCGCCGCCUCAGUCCCAACAGCAACGGGGCAUUGGCCUGGGGGGGGCUAACUCCUUCGCAUUGGCGGACACGGGACAGCACGGGAGGAACAACGGCAACGGUAACAGCAGCGGCACGCAGGCGGCUCGGCAGGCGGCCAACAUGGACCCGUCCAUUCGAAAGGAUGGGGGUUGA